AUGCUCACUCUGCCUAGACUCAAGCUCCAAGCCUUCCAGGAUAGGAAUUUUGCCGUUGAAGAGGAGCCUGGCCCACUUCCCAGACGGGCUCGCCUCACUAGAAGGAAUCUGAAGGCUUUCGACACUAUGGGCCGAGAGAAGAAAAGGUGCGGCUGUAUCUGGAACGGGGACGGUGUCUGGGACGACAAAACGGACCACGUCGUCGUCGGACUCAAAGUUUCCCGUGGCAGCCCGAGAAAGCGCAAUAUUGGCUUUAACGACGACCUUCCCCCUGCCCAGCCAGACAUGAUUGAAGGACCAAAACGGACACAGCUUCAUCCUUUCAUGGCCGAACGACAAGCAGCAUACGAUGGUGCUUGUUUAACCCAUGGCCGAAACGUGGCGCGUGAUUUUUUAGGGAAGCCUGAUCGGCUUCAGCAUGCAUAUAUCCAGACCUUUACGACGGACGGAACUGUUCUGCGCACCUUUGCGCACCACUCUUCUGAGAGUCGGGGCCGUAUGGACUACCACAAAACAGCGACUUCGUACUCCGUCACGCUUGACAACUUCCAGGGCUUUAGAACAGGUCGACGAUACAUACGGAACUUGCAGGACCAUGCCAAGAAACUUUCGGAAGAGCUGAGGGAUGAGCUUCUUCAGCAUGCUAGCGUGACCUCGCCCUCUGAGAAUGGAGAUCGGUCAGAUGGCGAAGUGUCUGCUGCGCCGAUAGACGAGUAUGGGGGCCAUCCGAAUGGUCUGGAUGAGGGUGCUGCCGGUCCAGCAAAAUCUGACCAUGAACAUCAGCCGUACGGCAUAUUUCCUGCCAUGUCAGUGGCUGAUCCAUGCAGAGAUCGGCUCGACGACAUGAGUAUUGUGGACGGGGUCACUGCCGCCCAGAUUACUUUUGAUGAUAGCUACCGGCUUGACGAGGAGCAGCAGGCAGCCUGGCAAGCAGACCAUGUAUCUGUGUCUGCGGCUGUGAUACUCUCCCCGCCCCGCCCCGUUCUGCUCUUGAAAAGAAGCAGAAGAAGCGUGACCGGUACUCGCCAGACCUCCGUGGCGGAUCAUCGAGGCGAUCGAGGUUUGAAUGAGCCGACUUCUUGGUAUGGCAAAGAACUACUGGAAUGA